ACUUACUCAUUCAACAAUAACAAAAACAAACUCUUGCUCUACGUGUUGGUGUUUCCUAUUAACAGUCCAUCUCCUUCUCCUGCCACCACUCUUUGCUUUUUAUUACCAGAUUUUCUUCUUUCAUUACUACCCUGUUUCAUCUGUAUAGUUUAUCCAUCCAUUUUUCUCUAUCUUUGCUUUUAAGCUAUACAUAUCUAGCAAAAUCUUCUUUUAUCUGCUAUAUCGUUUUUUUUUCUAAGAAACGAGGAUGUGUGGGAUACUUGCUGUUUUGGGUUGUUCUGACGACUCUCAGGCCAAGAGGGUUCGGGUGCUAGAGCUUUCUCGCAGGUUGAAGCACCGUGGUCCAGAUUGGAGUGGGCUCUAUCAGUGCGGUGACUUUUACUUGGCUCAUCAAAGGCUGGCUAUUAUCGACCCUGCUUCCGGUGACCAGCCACUCUUUAAUGAAGACCAAGCCAUCGUUGUCACGGUGAACGGAGAAAUUUAUAACCAUGAAGAACUAAGGAAGCGUUUGCCAAAUCACAAGUUCCGAACAGGCAGUGACUGUGAUGUUAUAGCCCAUCUGUACGAGGAAUAUGGCGAAAAUUUUGUGGACAUGUUGGAUGGAAUGUUUUCAUUUGUUCUGCUGGAUACUCGUGACAACAGUUUCAUUGUUGCCCGUGACGCCAUUGGGAUCACCCCCCUCUAUAUUGGCUGGGGACUUGAUGGGUCCGUGUGGAUUUCAUCUGAAAUGAAAGGUCUGAAUGACGACUGUGAACAUUUUGAGUGCUUUCCUCCUGGUCAUUUGUACUCGAGUAAAUCGGGUGGAUUACGUCGUUGGUACAAUCCUCCUUGGUUCUGCGAGGCCAUUCCCUCAACCCCAUAUGAUCCACUUGUUCUGAGACGUGCAUUUGAAAAGGCUGUAAUUAAAAGGCUAAUGACUGACGUGCCUUUUGGAGUUCUUUUAUCUGGGGGCCUAGAUUCAUCACUGGUUGCUGCUGUUACUUCUCGCUAUUUGUCAAGUACAAAGGCUGCCAGACAAUGGGGGGCACAACUCCAUUCCUUCUGUGUUGGCCUAGAGAAUUCACCAGAUUUGAAGGCUGCAAGAGAAGUUGCAGAUUAUCUGGGAACCGUCCACCAUGAAUUUCACUUCACGGUUCAGGAUGGUAUAGAUGCAAUUGAGGAUGUCAUAUACCAUAUAGAAACAUAUGAUGUUACAACCAUCAGAGCAAGUACCCCUAUGUUCCUUAUGGCUCGUAAGAUCAAGGCACUAGGAGUGAAGAUGGUUAUUUCUGGUGAAGGUUCUGAUGAGAUUUUUGGUGGGUAUUUGUACUUUCAUAAGGCACCUAACAAAGAAGAGUUACACCGCGAAACAUGUCGCAAGAUAAAGGCCCUUCAUCAAUAUGAUUGCUUGAGAGCUAACAAGGCAACAUCUGCUUGGGGUUUAGAAGCCCGUGUCCCCUUCUUGGACAAGGAUUUUAUUAAUGUUGCAAUGGCUAUUGAUCCUGAAUGGAAGAUGAUCAAACCCGGACAAGGUCAUAUUGAGAAAUGGGUCCUUAGGAGAGCCUUUGACGACGAGGAGCAUCCUUAUCUGCCCAAGCAUAUUCUUUAUAGGCAGAAAGAGCAAUUUAGCGAUGGUGUUGGCUAUAGCUGGAUCGAUGGUCUCAAAGCUCAUGCUGCCCAACAUGUGACUGACAAGAUGAUGCAAAACGCUGAGCACAUCUUUCCACAUAAUACCCCUACCACUAAAGAAGCCUAUUACUACAGAAUGAUUUUUGAGAGGUUCUUCCCACAGAAUUCAGCCAGGCUGUCUGUUCCUGGAGGAGCCAGUGUAGCAUGCAGCACAGCUAAAGCUGUGGAAUGGGAUGCUGCCUGGUCCAAUAAUCUGGAUCCUUCUGGCCGGGCUGCAUUGGGUGUACAUCUCUCUGCUUAUGAUCAGCAGGCAGCUCUUGCCAAUGCAGGAGUGGUGCCACCAAAAAUUAUUGACACUCUUCCUCGGAUGUUGGAAGUUAGUGCUUCGGGAGUUGCGAUCCACAGUUAGCGCCCGCUGGAGGACUAAGUAUUGGUUAAUUGAUAUCUAUAGCCUUGGCAUUAUUUAAACUUGUGUUGCCUUAAAUAUGGAAAAAUCUUAUAGGUCGUAUGUAGAUGUUACAAAUAAUUAUCUGUGGUCCUUCGAACUUUGAAGUCGUGUGUUGUCAUUACUUUGUGGUUUUUGUACAAGGUAAUUCAUGUAUGUUAUCAACGCCCCGUAGCUGUUUAAAGCUGUAAUGCAACCUUUCCUAUGGUUUCUUCGCUCCA